CAUUGUUUACAAAAUAUGGCGUCCGGAGAUUCGUGCUCAUCACUCCUCAAAUAAAGUAGACGCGAAUAUACCGGAAUCCGACUGGUUCAUCGAAAUAUAUUCAAGUUGAAACUUUAGUCAGUUGUGUGAGUAUUGGAAGGGUAUUGUAUCAUCAUGGAGUACUAUGACAUAGUCCACAGGCUGGGGUCCGGAGGCUGUGGGUCAGUGUACCUUGUCAGACACAAGGACAAUAAGAGGUUAUACGCUCUGAAAAAAAUUGAGCUUGAUGAAAGGAAAAAGACCAGGACAAAAGAAUCAGUUCAAAAAGAAGCUAGUAUUCUGUCUCAACUGAAGCACCCCCAUAUAGUAGCUUACUAUGACUCAUUCUACGAGGGUGAUGAGUUUCUCUAUAUUAUCCAGGCCUUCUGUGAUGGAGGCACAAUGGAUGACAAGAUUCGAGAUAAUGCAAAUAAAGACAAAUACUUUGAUGAAGCUGCCAUAAUGUGUUGGUUUGUCCAGCUGAUUAUGGCAGUGCAGUACAUACACUCAAAUAAAAUCCUUCACAGGGAUCUGAAAACCGAAAAUGUAUUUCUCACAAAGAGAAAUGUUGUUAAAAUUGGUGACUUUGGGAUAUCUAAAGUGCUGGAUCACACCAUAGACCUGGCCAAGACAGUGGUGGGCACUCCAACUUAUCUCAGCCCAGAGUUGUGUCAGGACAUCCCCUAUAGUUCAAAGUCAGAUGUGUGGGCCUUGGGAUGUGUUCUGUAUGAGAUGUGUGCACUGAAACCUCCAUUUGAUGCACAGAAUCUGAUCAGCCUCUUUAUGAAAAUCAUCAAAGCAGAGUAUGAGAGAGUUCCUAAUCAAUAUUCAGAUGAUCUUCAUGGUUUGGUGACAGCUUUGCUGAUGAAAACUCCAGAUGAUAGGCCAAGUGCAAGUGUCAUUGUUAACAUGCCAUACGUACAGAGACACCUAGCAGCAUUCAUUGAGACGAAGGAGUUGUUACGAUUACAGAAAGGGGUUCGCGAUGCCACCAAUCGAUCAUCUCCAAACCCAUUUACCUUAGAUACCAGCAGCUCUAAAAACUCACCUCAAAGCAGUGAAAAUGCCACUCUUGGAGUAAAGAACAAGCAUGUAGGCAAAUCACCUAGAAAACCAGAAGGAAGAUCACCAAAACAGCAAGACAGUGGAGUGAGCUGUAACGAUGGUACAGAAGUUCUCUCUGACUAUUCUGAUGAUUUUGAUGACUCUUCACACUCCGACUUAGAAGAAGAUAUUCCAGAGGACAUUCCAGAAGAUAUUUCCAUGGCGUCCGAAGACAAGUCAGAGGGACAGUAUGCUGGGUGUGUUUUAGACUACUCCAAGGUGGCUGAGGAUGGGCCAGAGGACCAGUAUGCCGAUGACUUUGAGGACUACGACUCAAGUGAUGAUUUGGACCAGAUUGUGACACAGGCCAAAGUAGCACAGGAAGUUGCCCCUGACGAUGAAUUCUUCUCGGACGACAAGAUGCUGGAUCAUCAGCUGACACAUACCAAAUUUUUUAAAAUACAAUGUAUGGAUGCACUUGGAGGUCGCAAAAUCAGCAAUGUGGGGAAAUUGAUCCAGAACGGAACACUGACAGAGUCAGACUUCAGGAGAGAACUUAGACACACUGUUGGGGAUUCCACAGAAAUCUGCCAUCUUGAUAUUGGUGAACUUGAUGAAGGGUGAUUGAUGGAUUUAAUGUUGCCAUGGAAAUGUGUGAUGACCCAAUGCUGUGAACUAGAAAUCUGUGAUAUUUUAAAGUGGUUGGCAAUAUACUGAGGGUGGCGACACACAGGGAUUGUUAAAAAAAGGAUUAAGUUGACGUUAAGCAAGGUGGCAUAUGAAACCUUGAAUUUUAUUGCUGUUGCACUGUACAACUCUUCGAGUUACAAGUUUAUUCAUUUUGUGUCAAAUAUCAUUGAAUACAUUUAGAGUGUUCGCUCAUGAAGUUGAGUGUUACCUCGGUAUGUAAGAAUGUCAAAGUAUAUAUCAUAUCCAGUAUAUACAAGAAUUUCACCCUCAAGGUACUUCUUAUGCAUAUCUUCUGAAUUUUCGAGACUGUGUUAUGAACUCUUUAUUAUGUUCAGUUCCUGGUAUGUGUGAGAAUGUUCAGUACCCGGUAUGUGUGAGAAUGUUCAGUACCCGGUAUGUGUGAGAAUGUGACAGUACCCGGUAUGUGUGAGAAUGUUCAGUACCCGGUAUGUGUGAGAAUGUUCAGUACCUGGUAUGUGUGAGAAUGUUCAGUACCCGGUAUGUGUGAGAAUGUGACAGUACCCAUUUAUGUGUGAGAAUGUGACAGUACCUUGUUUUAUGUUUACUGUGUGUAAGAAUAUGAAAGUACCUAAUGUCAGGUUCAGCAUUUGUGAAAAUGUGACAAAGCCAUAUACAUGUUUUGUUCAGUAUAUGUGAAUACCUUUUAUACAUAUUACAUUCCUUAUUUGUGAAUAUAAAGAUACUUAAGUUUAAGAAUGAGACUGUCUAGUUACUUUUCUCCCAUAACUUCUACAUCAACAUAUAAGGAGUCUGAAACAUUUAAUGUAACGAUAUGGAAUCAUGUAUUUCCAAGAGAAACAUUUUUACUUUCAGAUACAAUACAAAUGUUAUGGGAGUAAAAGGACUGAAAUGAAUGGAUAAUAUCUUUUAAAAUUGUAAUUUUAUAAAUUGUUUAAAUGAGAUUCAAACAUUCCUCUAAAAUAUCUCUGAGAGUAAUCAUGUUUCACGAGGGUGAAGCCCGAGUUAAACAUGAUUAAUUAAGGUAAAACAAAUGACUGUUUCCCUGCAUCAAGGACAAAAAAUAUAUUUUAUUAUACCGAAGUGAAAAAUAACAGCAUAGAAAAGAUUUUCAGGUUUAAUCAUAUUGGUGUCAUUUUCUCCGGUUACUCGGAACACCGUUCUGGUGAUUCUUUUAUAAUUUUCUUGAGAAAUUCCAAAUAAGAAAAAUAUGACCGCGUAAACUAAAGUGUUUUAUUGUCCGGUCAUUUGAUCAAUACAAUCCAUCAGUCAUGCUGUUAUAUGGUUGAGGUAUGGUAACAGCAAUGUACUGCAUCUGUUAUAUACUGUUAUAGUCUAAGGAGAGGUGUUCUAUAGUAUGAGAGUGGUUCCCAUUGGUUAUGUUAAAUUUUUACCUUCAAUAGAUGUUCUAAUAUAUGAUAAUUAUAUAUUUUUUUCUGUUGCAUGAAUAAUUACCAAUAUAUGUUAAACGCAUUCUCUUGCCCGGUGUAUGUAUUGAGAACUGUUCCUUGUAUGAACCCAAAUAUCUGAUAAUAUAUAUGGGAUGUGUACUUCGUAGGACCUGAAUGUACAAUAUAUUUAGGAAUAGUUUCCUAUUUUAGUCAGGUUGUCGAGUGAAACUCUGAGCUUGAGGAAUAUUGAAAAAGUCAAUAUAUUUUAUAAAUAUACCAAUACCGUUAGUUAUACAGUUUGGCCACAUUUGUUUAUUGCGAUCCAAACAAUUGAACUGGUUGGACCAGAGAGGUUUGUUUAUGAUAUAAGGUUGGACCUAGUAAUUUGAUGCUGCUAUCAAGCUUGACAAACCUUGCAUGGCCUGCAUAAACAUUUGCAGGUCGGCUAGGAUUUAUACUCGAAAAUGUUACAUUUAAAUACAGACAAACCAGAUAUGUGAAAGGGGCCUUGAUUGACAAUUUGGAACAGCCUAUAGUUUGAUGACCUUGAACUCUACCACGACUGGAUUGUUGGCUUCAGUUCAUGGUUAUACUAGCUAUGAGGAUAAUGGCUAUUUUCAGAUGUAUACAAUACAAAUGUACAUGGUUCAUCAUUUUUGUCAUUCAGAUAUAGAUAUAUCAGUGUAUUCACAACUUUGAAAAAGAAUAUGAUUGAAGUAACCGUGUUAUUAUUUUCCCGAGUAUGGGAAUUGGCUGCCAUGCGGAACUGGUUAUGUUACAAGGGUUUUUAUUAUGAAGUUAAUGCCAUUUUUCAAAAUCGGAUAUGUGUAUUUUUUUAUUUGCAUACAUCUGCAACUCAUGUUCAAACAUGGAAAAAGACACAUAGCCCACCAUUUUUGCACAUCUACCUAAAAGAAAAACAGAGAAUAGCCUGCAAAUGGCAUUUACAGAUGCAAAAGAAAUGGUGUAGUUUACGAGAUAUAUGCAAAAUUUCAGUAUUAGCUUCAUGCCCUAAUCAUCAUGACCCAGUCCAUGUUCAGCACCAUGUCAGUGAUAAAUGUCUUUAUCAUGUUUCGAAUAGCUUUUCACUGGUUGUAUCAAUGAAUUGUUCACAAUUUCUUUGAUACUAGAAAAACAACCAACAUUAUUAUUCCAAUUGUUCAGAUAGUAAAAGAUUGUUUAAAAGCUAUCAGCAGCGACAAGGAAUCUCUUGAAAUUGUUAGGAUUGUAGUGAAAAGGUUUGUUUGGUAUUCAGUUUUUUGUACUUCAACUAAGGUAGAAUUGCAAAUUUUUCGUAGGAUAUAUUAUUUUGCAAAUUUAUGAAAAUUGGCUUAUUGAAAUAUUUCACAAAUAUUUUGCACCUUCAGAAAGGUCAAGGUCAAUUCUUUUUAAUUAUGCAAGAACUUCUUUUAAACAUUUGCUAAGAGUAAUGAAAUCAGAAUGCCUGUAAAACAACCUUUCAAGACUACCUGUUAAUUGCAAAUUAGAAACAACAGAGUAGUUCCAAAUACAAAUCCGCAAAAUUUUAAAUCCACGAAAAUAGCUAUAUAUGUUGUAUAAUUGUAGAUGUUUUAUCAAGGUUAUUUUUAUAAAACUGUGUUCAAUAGCUACUUAAAUUUUAUUAUCACAUGUGUAAAAGUAUCAAUAUUUAUACCCUGCACAUGUAUGUAUGUGAUAUACUUGCACUAGUAUCAAAACCGUCCUAACAAAAGCAGAGAAUUAAUCUCAUAUUUAAUCCAUUUUAUAUUUUAUAUUGGUUUCAUUAUAUUUACAAUUGACAGUAGAGUCUCAAUAAUUCAGCCAUAUGAAUUAUUCCCUGUGUAUGCAAAUGUACUAAGAAUCAAUAAUAAAUAUUUGUGUGUGAAAACAAUCUGUAUUAAGGUUGAUAAUAGAUGUGUGAUAUUAAACAGAGAAUAAAAACAAUUUAACAAAG